UACAGGCCUCGUGUAGCCUCUGCUUUGAAAUUUGAUGACGCCCAUGAAUUAAUCUGGGUGGGUGACUCUAAAGGUUUUGUUUCUUCAUACAAUGGAAAUGAUUUAUCCUUUUACACUGGAUUUCAAGCAUCGUCUCAUAAAAACCCAGUCUUGAAAUUUUUGAAUCAUUCAAAUUCCAAUGGAUUACUAUCCUUAUCUUCUGAUGCUUUGAAAUUCACAAACACCGGAGGUAAUUUAGUUAAAAAUUAUGAUAGUUUUAGUGAUUUUAAAAAUAUGAAAUCAAUGACUUUUAUCAAUAGCAAAAAUCAAAAUCAGAUUUUAAUUGCUGGCGACUUACCUUCAAAUUCCUUAUUAAAAUUUGAUAUAAAUUAUCAAAAAGUCAUUUCCAGAAUUCCUUAUAAUCAAAAAGUUUCUUUUUUGAAUUCAAAUAAUAAUUUAAUCACAAUCGGCAAAUCUAAUGGUGAAUUGGACAUAAUGGAUCUAAAUUCGAAAAAAAACUUAAUUAUUAAAAGUCUUCAAUGUCACUCUAGCACAUUUGCUGAUAUAGAUUUGAAAAAUAACCUUUUAGUUACUUCCGGAACCUCCAAAAGACACUCUUCAACUUUGAUUGAUCCAAUAAUUAAUGUUUAUGAUUUAAGAAUGCUAAAAUCUUUACCACCUUUAUCUUUUCAAGCUGGUCCUUCCUUUUUAAGACUACAUCAUAAAUUAUCCAACACUAUUGCAAUAUCUUCUCCAUCCGGCCAGGUCCAAUUUGUUGAUAUGUUUAAUCAAGCUAAUUUUUCAAUGUACCAGGUUUCUACCGGAGUUUAUUUGAAUAACAUGGAUCUCUCAACCUCCGGAAAUUAUUUAGCAUUUUGUGACAAUCUAAAUUCUUUACAUUUAUGGUCAAUUAAUCCAGAUCAUUCUUCAAUGUGUAAUCAUUCAGUUAGCUUACAAUAUCCUACAAUUCCAGAUUUCGAUUACACGACUAAACAAUCCUUUCAUAUAGAUGAUUACUCAAAGCCCCUAAGUCUGGUUGGUAUGCCCUACUAUAAAGAUAUUUUAUUAAGUGCAUGGAAAUCAGAUUUGAUUUUUCCUGCAAAAAACUCAAAAAUUCCCAAAAAAAUAGACAAUGAAUUAUUGAUAAAAUCAAAAAAAGUCGAUGGAAUAAUUUAUUCAAAUUACGAUAAAUCUAAAUAUGGAAGAAGAAAUUUAUAUCAGAAAUAUCAAUCAGUUGAUAAAAAUAAAAAAUCAGGCUUAUCUAUUCCUAAAUUUAUUUCCCAGAAAACAAUAAAACCAAAUAACCGCCAUAAUGUUCAUGAUUUUAUUGAUGAAAAUAAUGAAAGCUUAAAGAAUCUCAAUAUCAAUUCAGAUAAUAAUUCAGAUUCAGAUUAUGAUGAUGAUGAAAUAUCCAUAAAACAAAAAAUUUUUCAACUUGAACCAUCAAAAGAAUACCCAAACAAAAUUCCUAGAGCUUUCCAAAAACUUGAAAUUUUAUAUUCCAAAUUUGGUAUUAAUGAUUUUAAUUUUGAAUUUUAUAAUAAGUCAAAAAAAUAUUCUGGUUUGGAAACUCAUAUUGAAAACUCAUAUAUGAAUUCUUUAUUACAAGUUUAUAGAUUUAUUCCAGAACUUUUUAAUUUUUUAGUUGAAAAUCUUCGAGAAGAUUUCUUAAAUUUAGAAUUGGAUGUUAAGAACAACAGGACGUACUCUUCUGAUCAUAUUAGUUCGAUAUUGAUUGAGUUCGGAUUUUUAUUAGACAUGAUGGUUAAAGCAAAAGGCAAACAUUGCAGACCGACUAAUUUUCAAAUUAUUAUGUCCUCUAAUCCUCAGGCGUUUGCCUUAGGCUUGCUAAAUUUUUCAGAAAAUUUAAAAAUGAAAAAUAUAGAUGAAAAUGAACCAACAGAGGAGUAUCUCAAAAAUAUUGUUCAAUCAUUCAACAGAUUUUUUUUGGAUAGAUUAUCAUAUGAUGAGCAAAAACAAAAAGAAUUUAUUAAUAAGUCCAAUUUGAAAUUAAAUGAAAAUAUAAAUCUCGAAACAGUUGUUCAAAUAAGUGCCUGUAAAUUUUCAAAACAAAAGUAUGAAAUCAUUUAUACGCUAGAUGUCUUUUCUUCAACUGCAGGUAUUGUUCAAAGGUAUGGAGAGAUGGGCUCCUUUUUUUCAAAUUCUAUAAAUAAAAGGUACAAUAAUAUCCCACAAACGAUCUUAUCUUAUAUUGAAUCUUCCAUGAAUAGAGUAUCUGCUACAAGAGGUUGGUGUGACAAGUGUCAUAAAUAUCAAACUAUGGAGACAACAAGAGUAGUAAGGAAUUUGCCCAAGGUAUUGUCGUUAAACUUGAAUUUUACAAAGGAUGAGUGGGGCCAGAUUCGUCAUUUCAAUAUAAGCAAUAAACAAAGACCCGAAUCUUUAGAUGAAAGCAACAGUUCUUUGGGUUCAAUAUCCAAUACUUCUACAAAAAAUAGAAAAAAUUACAAUAAUGAGGUUGUAAAGUACGAGUUGAUGGGAUAUGUUGCAGAAAUCGCUGGAAAUUCAGAAGAAAGCUCGCAUUUAGUUUCUUUUGUUAAAAUUUAUGAUGAGAAUAAAGAACCCUGUGCUGACGAUGCAGAUACACAGAAACCAUAUAAAUGGUAUUUAUUUAAUGAUUUUCUCAUUAUGCCUAUUCCUGAAGAAGAAGUAUUCAAUAUUACUUAUUGGUGGAAGACUCCAUUAAUAUUGAUAUAUCAAAGUAACAAGGCUUCAAAUGAAUUUAAGAGCAAUUUUGAUACUAGACUUAAUGAUGAAGUAUUGUAUCGCGAUUUUUUUGCUCAGGGUACUAGAGAAGGGAAGAUAAUUGAGUAUGAACUACUAACUGACGGUGAGGCUCCAAAUCCCGGUUCAUUGGUUGCAAUUGAUGCAGAAUUUGUUCUUUUAGAACGUGAAGAAGUAGAAUUAAGGAGCGAUGGAACAAGAUCAUUGAUCAAACCUCAAAAGCAAUCACUUGCUAGGGUAUCUGUUCUUAGGGGAGACAAUGGACCAAAGCAGGGUGUUCCGUUUAUUGAUGACUAUAUAAUUAUACGGUCAACAAUUGCCGAUUAUUUAACGUCUUUUUCUGGGAUUGAACCUGGGGAUUUAGAUCCUGCCACCAGUAAACGAUCACUAGUUUAUCUUGAAGUUGCUUACAGAAAACUUUGGCUUUUACUCCAGCUCGGAUGUGUUUUUAUUGGCCAUGGGCUAACAAAUGAUUUCAGGAUCAUAAAUAUUCAAGUUCCAAAAGAACAGGUAAGAGAUACUAUUGAGCUAUAUUUCAAGCCUGACCAGAAACGAAAGUUGUCGUUGAAGUUUUUAUCGUAUUUUGUUUUAAAACAGGACGUUCAACUAGGAAAUCACGACUCGAUAGAGGAUGCUUUGACAGCUUUAAAGUUGUACAAAAAAUAUUUGGAGUUAAAAGCCAUAGGGGAGUUUGAAAAUACACUCGAUAAUAUAUAUCAUGAAGGUCAACGGUUGAGAUUUAAGCCACCAGAA